AUCGAACGGAGCUCUGAGUGCGCACUCGUUGAGAUACAUCGGUGUGUGCCCCUCGUGAAGGAGCGACCUGUCGAGAAGAUGGCGGGAUUUCGUUGCAGCGGCCUUGCGCGAGAGGAAUCACCAUGUUCGAGACUGGUCGACUCAUGCUAUUGCAUCUAGGCAUUGCGUCUGCGUCUGUGAGAAAUAGCAAUCUGGCCGUUGGAAUGGAGAGGCUCAAGACUCCGCCGGAAGACAUCAAGUCAGGGAAGCUUCGGCAUUGCUGUACGGAAGGAAGAUCACAACGCAAGGAGAACAAGACAAAACAAAUUCGCAACGAUAUUGCUAUUUGGCAGCUAUCUGCUCAAAGACUGGCAAUGAUGAUGGGCUUUGCUAUCCCUUCUAUCAUCCAGCCUCAGCUUCUGUUGCUCCCCAAAGCUGGUCGAGAAGGCAGCGGAGGCCAGUGGCAGCACAUGCCACGAUUCUGCAUGCCAUCUGCGUUAUAGCAGCUGUACGGUCAUAACCGCUUUGUUCUUCGCUCCGUCACAGAUUGCUGUUGCUGUUGCGCCUCAUCCAGGCCUUCGUGUGCAUGCAGGACCAAAGCCAUCAGCGUCCUCCCUCUCCAGCGUCGAUGCUAUGCUUCGCAGGCUUGAGAUCUGGCGAAUCUUCCCAAUCGCCGUAUCAUCUGGCGCAAGUGCAUCUGCCGCAAUAAGCCUGCUGUCGCGGGCAAGCUUGGGAGUGAUAAUUUUCACGGCCAGCUCAAGGCGAUUAGCCAGCCUCUUUACUGCUGGGCUGUCGCUAGUUCUUGUCGGACUGAUGCCACAUUGGAGACUGUACCUUGCUACAUGCCUUGCUGGCCAAAGCCUCAGAUGUUCCUGCAUGUCGUUCCGGCUCUCAGCACGCACGACAAUGAAUAGUCAAGCUGAGACCGGUGGCUGUCCAUCAGCACUGCAAUGGCUAUGCUUCUAUCGAACCUACGCUUCCUCUGGCUACAUAAGAAGCUCUGUCUUGUCUUGUAGGACAUGUAGGUAAAGCCUCCCAUUGUCAUUGUCAUCUCUCUUGGCCUGGACCCCUCCAUAGGCCUGCUGCAGCCGUUGCCUGGGUGUGUCAUGCUCGCGUGAAGGAAGCUGCGGGCACUGCCGCCUCGCCGCGAGAUCAAAAUCUUCUCACACCGGCCUCCACUCUUCCUUCCGCACACCCACAC